UGUCAUAUCAUUGUAUUUGAACAGAUUUUUGUCAAAUAAUUUUCAUAGCAUUUACUUUGUUACCAAAAAUGAAUUCAAAUCAAUUUCGAUUACGAUUCAUAUUGGCUAUCAUUUUCAUCAUAUCAUUAUUGAUUCAAUCAUUAGUCGAAGCAAGAAGUGGUGGUGAUGUUAUCAUUCUUGGUGGAUUUGGUCACGGUGGUCAUGGACAUGGUGGACAUGAUGGUUUUGGUCAUUUCGGUCAUAUGCUAACGUUGGGUUCAUUAUUCGGUGCAUUUGGUGAUGGUACUGUUAUUUUAGGACGAAGACGUUAAGAAUUCCUGAAACUAUUGUCAUCCGAAUGGAGCUUUUACAUUCAACUAUAUUUGUUAAGAAAAUUUUGCUGAUUUGUAUUUUUU